AUGGACUUCCGAGGUGCGCUCGAACAAGUUCGUCGGAUUGUUAAUAUUGCUUAUAUUAAGGUUGUGGUUCGCAGAAGCUCAGCGGAAACUCAAACAGGAGCUGGAGGCAGUGCCAUCGAAGGCGGUCGGAUUUCUAGAAGUAGAGGUUCUACUCUUCAUUUACAGAGGUGGAUGACACAGCUGCCAGAAGCAGAAGAACUAGACCCGCCAGAACCAGACAUGGAGAUGUGGAGUAUUGAAGAACUAAGAAAGAGAUCUAAGGAAUUAAACUUAUUAGAAGUGGCAGAUUUGGUAAUAAACCAUGAAAACAAGGCAAAUAAAGAAACCGCUCCCGCCGAAAAGAAAGAAAAUGAGCAUAGUCCUUCCAAAAGCAGUAAUUCUGGAAGUCAGAUAACAGUAAGAACUAGCCCCGUAGUUGUAGACACGAUACCGGUGUGUAGACAGUGCCACAAGAAGUGUUUAUCUAAGCCAAAUAGUCCUCUACUUUCCCAAACAGAAACGUUACCUCCGAAACCAAAACCGGAAGCGUCACCCCAAAAGUCUAUUUCUCAUAAGAGUUCGAGUCCGUGCAGCGCCAGUUGUGAAAAGCGGAAACAGACUCAAUUUCAAUGUCAUUUAGAACGUAAGGGUGCUAUAAGGUUACGUGCUGAAGAUGGGCCCAAAGCAGCAAUGCAAGCAAUCGAUUCGAUUGAACAGAGUCAGAAGAUGCUAAAGUCAAAGUCCUAUGAUCUCAAAACAGACUCGCCAAGCUUAACGCGAAGCAUAUCAGAUGGAAACAACAAGAACAAGUUAGAGUUGAGAAAAGACCAUUCGAUACGAUCGUUAAGUCCGACUUCGAGUAGCAGAAACAGUCCCCUGUCAACUAGCCAUACGACUUGUAGCUCUAUGGUCUUUAACUCCAGUUCGAACGAUCUAAGAAUCUCAAGUUCAAAUAUGAAUAAUCCUGUGCAGUGCGUCAUAGCUCAAGAGAAGUAUAUAAACGAAGUUAAGUGUGUCGAGAGUAUUACUCUACCAAAAAGCAGGUCCUCAGUACAUUCGUCGCCAGCAUCCCUUAAAAAAGACGAAAUCACGAGACAAAAGGCUGAAACUGUGCUUAAUAAAGUGUUAGGAAUUAAUAUAGUAACUAGACGGGAAAACAUUGGUACUCGGUUACGAACUUCGUCCGUAUUCUUAGACGAUGAUUCGACGUUCGAUGAUGACAGUGACUUUAAGAUAGAAAGAGGCUUGAAGCGAUCGCCUCGGAUGGGCAUAGCCGCUAUUAGUAAAAUGAAUGGUGAUAUUACGAAGAAAACGGAAGAGACUGAGGAUGUAAAUGCUAACGUCAAUGACGUGUUAUCAGACGAGGACACAGAGCUGGGCCCGCUCAUGCUAAUGGGUCUGUCAGCCAUCAAUCCAGCCGCCCACUUGAUGAGAGUGGAGCCCUUCAAGCAUGCGUCAAUAAUGAAUUUAAGUAAUGCAAAUUCGAGGCCCAGUAGCAUCGGGUCUGUUAAAUCAGAAUCGCCAAUACCUAAUAUAGCCGUUGUACCGCCUACACCCGAUUAUAAUACUACUAAUAAGACUGAUGAGCUUGUAGAUGAUUCCCCCGAUUCUCCUGACGUUCCAGAUGACCUCCCUUAUAUAUCGUUGAAGAGAUACGGUACAAUGUCAAGUUUAGAGCGACUACCAUCAGAUGAGACUGACGAUGGUAAUGUGAGACUGACCGAACCAGAAACUUCGAAGGCAUAUAACACAGUAACAAGCUCAACUGGGGGCAUAAUGGGUUGGACUGCACGCGCCGGCUCAUUUGUAGUUGAAAAAAUGAGCAUCUUUAGUCACACGGAAAACGUACCUAACACGUCUAUAGCGCACAAGCAGCCAUCGUUCUUAGAACGGUGUUUAGGUGUUAGCGAUUGGAAGUCUACUCUAGGAACAGAAGACGGUACUAUAGAAACAGGAGAAGGUAGUGGUGCUAGUGGCGAAGAAGCUUGGGGUACACCAUCGUCUGGAGAUCUGUCCGAUAAUUUACCAGAUUCUGAUCAUGGAACUCUUUCGUCACCAACAAAGUCUUCGUCAUCAUAUGGAGGUGAUGACGAUACUGAAUUGAUGAUGGACGAACUUCUGAUGGCGCCAACAAUAACGGGACCGACAACAUUAAGACCCUUGCUACCCAGGGAUGUAUUCAGACGUCGCCUUGAACCACUGUUAGAAGAAGAGUGUUCCGACAGCGGCAGUGAAGACAACAAGCCCACGCCAACUAACUCUGACGACCAGGGCAGCGAGUUUGGCACCGAUGCUGACGUCUGCUCCGACGCGCCGCACCUACCGCCCUCUGCUUCCGAGCCGGUGGUGGUGGAAUACACAGUGCGUGAUGAUAAUGUAACGAGUGAUGUUACAGUGGCAGGGGACGGUGUGCGCGACGCGGAGCUCACGCGGGCUGGCGUGGGGCGUGGCGCCGCGUGCGACCUGAGUCCGGACCGGACUCCUACCAACGAAGUGCCUUCGAUACCCUUACAAUCUGCUUCAAAAGACUUUGUGGAGCGAGCGUUUGUUGGCGGCGUUCUACGGGACUCACUCAGUUCACCCAGUACCCCCUCCACACUCGAACGUACUGCAAUCCACAACCCCACACCACUGCAUCAGCUGUCACCAGCUUCGGAGGUGGUCCAAUCACUAGCAGUGGGACCGCAAGUAGAAGAGACACGGCCAACUACUCCGGAGCGGCUCACACCUCAAGCGGAGAUGCGACUGGCGUUAGACCAGGGGAGGGACAUGCUGGCAGAGCAAGAGAAAUCCUUGGGUGGCGGGUCCGACCGUUGGUCGUUUCGCGCAGCAUGUCAGAGGUCGUUAGUGCGACGGGUGGCCAGCGCAGACGCAGUGACGCUGUGCCGCGCGCCACCACGCCGCACCGGCCCGCAUACUACUUCGCACAGUUCUGUAUAUGCCUGGAAAGGUACAAAUUCAUUUUGCACAAGAUCCGUAGGGAAAUUAGAAGAGGUAGUGGUUGGCUCCAGAAAACGAAACGAAACUUACGGAGAUGGAGCUACUGGCACGAGCGGAAGUUCAGACGAUGCGUUCGCGGACGCGAUCGCAAUGCCAGAACGGGAAGAUGUAAAUUGGGAUUUCUCCGCCGACGCGCCUCCUCCGAUAGCCCCCGCCGCGAGCCGUUCAUCAUCAACUCGAGGCCGUUCUCACCACGAAGAACCACUGUGA